AUGGCCCCCGCCUGGCUUGAAAAAUACAUUACACAACACCGGACUCGCGACGCAGCACCGAGCAGCCUGCGUUGGAAAUGCAUUACACCGUCCUCCAAGGCCACCGCCGGAUCCUGGGCGUACAGGGAGGGCGACAGGACAUCGCGCUACGAAGUAAAACGACGAGCCGUACUCGGAGUAUGGGGAGACAAGUGUGAUGUCACGGCGCCUGUCGACGGAGACAGGGAAGUGGCCGUGAUCGACUUCCACACCUUUCCCCUCAAGACCGAAAUCCAAUUUCCGCAGCGCAAUCAUGAGAUCGUCAUCAAGGCAAACGAGGGACACUACGAGUCGAGCGGCGGGCUCGGUCGUUUGCACUGGAAACCAACAGGUAUGGUUGCGUAUGGAGAGGCUUCGUGGGAGCUCAGGGACGAGUCGGAUCUGGUCAUGUCAGUGGCGAUCGACGACAACCAAUUGAACGGGCUUAUUUGCAUCUGGAGAGAUGGACUUGACCAGCAGACGGUUGAGGAACUUGUGGUUGUCGGAAUCUCCCAGGUUGAGGAUUACAAGAAAUUGAAUCGGAAGGCUAAGAUUUCCGCUGUCGGUGCCGGCACCAAUGCCGCAUGGCUGGUUGGUGGCGCGGUGUGA